CCCUAACUUUUCGCAAAUAACUCCCACUCCUCCUCCGGUUCCCCUCUCCCUCCGCCGCCGGAUCUCCCGAGGCGCCCCGUCCUCCUCCGUCUCUACACCGCUGCUGUCUCCCUCCUCCCCCGCCUCUGCCUAACUCUCCGGCCGCCCCACCUCGUCGAGCGGUUUGCUACACACCGUUUAGUUCCCCGGUGCCCGGGUCCUCGUAGCGGCCGCCCCCCGAGGGAGGACGAGGAGCGCGUCAUCGAGCGGGACGGUCUGGUUGUUGCAUGCCGGACCAGACGAAGACGAAGAAGCAGGAGUUGUUGUCGGUCCUGUUUAAGAACCAUAGCAGCGGCCGGGUGGUCGGCAGCAUCGCCGGCGCGGGCGCGCGGAGGCCGCUGUGGAGGUUCCCCAUCGGCCGGGAAGUCUACCCGUUCGACUUCGAACCUACCUAUACACGAGCACUAGCCUUCCACUAGGACCUGUGCCCAAGAAAGAAAAAAAAGGCGGGGCCCGAGAUCUAAACCCCCGCAGUCGCGUCGUCGCCGGAGGGAGGAGAUGCACGGCCGGCCACGGCGCCCGGCCAAGCCGGAGGAUGCUGCGGCGGCGGCGACGAAGGCCGCCAAGCUCCGCGACCUCCAGGCCCAGGUCCUGCGCAACCACCACGCCCGCACGUACACCAAGGAGGCGCUUGGGCUGAGCUUCAAGCUGCUCGAGAUAAACCCAGAGGCCUACACUGCUUGGAACUACAGGAAGCUUGCGUUUCAGCACAACCUCAGGGAAUUUUCUGACCCGGAGCCUAUCAAGUCUGCUGUUGAUGAUGAGCUCAGAGUAGUGGAGGUUGCUUUGAGGCAGAAUCCAAAGUCCUAUGGGGCUUGGUAUCACCGGAAGUGGUUGCUGAACCAAAGGCUAGCCCUGGUGGAUUUCAAGCGUGAGUUUGGCCUCUUGGAUAAAUUACUAAAGGCAGAUGCAAGGAAUUUCCAUGGUUGGAACUACCGCAGGUUCCUUGCAAGAUUCAUGGGAGUGCCAGAUGAGGAAGAGCUUAAGUACACAAUGGAUAAGAUCAGUGACAACUUCAGUAAUUACUCAGCAUGGCAUAAUCGAAGUAUACUUCUGUCCAAUCUGCUAGUGCAACAAAGAAACGGUUUUGAGUCAAAGCAAAAGAUUUUUUCCGAGGAGUUUGAACUUGUAACUCAAGCUCUUUUUACGGAUCCAAGUGACCAAAGUGGAUGGUUCUAUCACCUAUGGCUUUUAUCUCAGACAUCUACUCCAGCAAACCCACAGCUGAUUGCUUCAUGGCCUUGUAAUGGUGCAAAGCUCUGUUUGUCUUCGGUCAGGGAAAAAGUUGAGCAGAACACACUGUCCUCCAUGUGGUGUUACUCGUUGAAGGAAAUGAUUGUACCCAUUGUUCUAUAUUUUAACGAGCCUGUCAAAGGAUUAAAUCCAUCAAGUGUGAAGUUAAAAUCUGAUUUGGUGUUUGGCAUGGAUAUUCACUGGAGGCCCCUUUCAGUGACAGAUUCUGGGUAUUCUAACUGUUGGGCCACACAUCUUGAAAUUACAAAUGAAUGUAGUAGCUUGCAGCAAUUUUCUGUUGAAGUAAGCAUACCUUGCUCAGAUGACAUUGUGUCUAGAAGUGGCUCUCGUUACAAUUGUCCUGUGCAUUUUACGUUUUUAAUUGAACUGGUCAACCGUGGUGAUACAGCUGAGGAUAUUAAUCUGUUUCAUGACCCGAUCUCCUGGGAUUGCUCAGAACCAUUCCAGUCUCAUUAUAUCCCUUUUGAUCAGCUAAAGAUCACUAGCUCCUUGGUCCAAGAGGAUUCAAAAUGGCAUUUUGAAAGACUAUCUGAUGAAAUAGACCUUUUCAGAGAAUUACCUGAUGAGAAUAGCAAGUUCGUGAAGUUGACAUUAGCCCGGCUAUUGCUUGCUUGUGCUGCGAUAAAGUCCCGUGGAAGAUCUCUCGUUGAAAGGAAGGCAUACUGUGAAGAGGCACUAGGGCUCUUCAGCGACUUGGUUCAUCUGGAUCCAUCUCAUAAACAUUACUAUGAGGAUGAACGGAGCUUAGUCCUAAUGGAUAAGUUAACAUGUGACAUGGAGACUUUCAUGAAGCACUGUUCAGUUCAGGUUCAACCAAAUUCAGCUCCGCUGAAUCAUGUGCGACUUUGCAGAUUGUCCUUCACACGCAUUGGAUUUGCUGAACGCCUGCUGUGGGUUCAAGUGCUGGACCUAAGCCAUAACAGUCUUAGAUCAGUCGAAGGUUUGGAGGCUUUGCAGCAGCUUGUGUGCUUGAACAUCAGCAACAACCGGAUCAGUAGCUUCACUGCACUUGAAUCCCUUACGAAGAUAAUUUCUUUGAAAGUACUGGAUUUAUCUUACAAUGAUAUUGGAGCUCACUCAAUUGACACAACACGGUAUAUCUGCUCGUCUCCUUUCUCACACAAGGUUGAAGCAUGUGAAUCUUUUGAAGAGUGCCAGAAGAAAAAUAUCAACGUGGAGGAAUACUGGGAGGCGAUAUUGUUGUUCAAAUAUCUGAAGUUGGCACAGCUCGACAUCAAAGGAAAUGCAGUUGCCAGUAAGGAGAACUUCAGAACUCUCGUCAUGACACUCAUUCCUUCUUUAAAAUGGCUCGAUGGCGAAUGUGUCCAUUAACUGAUGGCUUUCAUCAGAGGGUUGUGCAAACUUAUGUAGUGUCAAAAUUCACGCUGUAAACUAUUUUUUGCUAGCAGUCAUUGAUUUGCUCAAUAUGUACUGCUAUAUUAAGUGGAUAUGAGACCCGAGCAUGAGAUG